GGAUCGCGUCAACAUAGCUACGCCCGUUGGCUGCCGCUCUGUCCUUCUCAGGCUCCGGGAGUCCGAGACCGGCUAAAUCUCUAACCUUCUGCUUGCAAGGGACUCAAUAUGUGGUUGCGGUCUUGCAUGCCUAGAUCUGCUAGCCAAGGCGGCGAACUUCGCACUUGAUCCCAAUUCUAUUCUCUAGGAUAGGUUGUGAUAAUGACAGCCUUUUGUUCCCCAGGCCCUGUGUAUCCGAACCAAGUCCGAAGGAGGGCACUUCUGUUUAGGAACAGCGCCCAUCAUGGUUGACUUUGAGUGGCGGAUCAGAUCGAUCAUCCUUGGAUUUCUUAUAGGCAAGUGUCGUACUCGUAAUAUAUAUGGUUACGUGCAUCUAGUUUCUGCGGUGAACCAACCACUCUGAACCCACAAGUCCACAAUCGAGGGCUUCUGUUGGUGCGGCGGUUGGCCUCAAGCAUGCAUUUCUUUCCAUUUCUCCCAAAAUCAUCGAUCCGAGUCGGGAUGAAUAGCUGUGAUGUCGAUCGGCUGCCAGACGACGUGCUGCGCAUGAUUUUCAAGUUGGUCUGUCAAGAAGACCAAGCAACUUUCGAUGAUUAUUCUAUGCAGAAUGAACGGAGAGGCAGACAUUGGGACGACUGGCAAAAAGAUCAUUAUCAUUAUCAGGACAUGUACGCAGAAGGGAUCAACGACCCUCCGCCAUUGGCACUCAUUUCAGCAAUGGGUGUGUGCGAGCGGUGGAAUUGUCUCAUAUCACGGACUCCAUCAUUGUGGACCGUGUUACAAAUUUCCUUCGGCAACGGUCCUGCGUCUCUUGAAUAUACGCGUACUUUCCUGCAACGUAGCCGAACACUUCCUCUCAGAAUCACGUUACUUUGGAACGACCCAUAUAACCCCUUCAAUGGAGUCCCCCAGCAACUCUCUCCAUCAUAUGCCUGUGAUCCCCCCACGUCAGUUGAUGAAACCGUGGCUGGCGCUUACCUCGUUUUGAUCAUCAUAGAGUUAUAUGCUCAUGUGCACCGUUGGCGCGAGUUUACGCUGAGGACGACCUCACAGACACAUAUACAUCAAGCACUCUUACUCAUCUCACGCCCUUGCGUUCAUCCAGCUCGUAUGCUAGAAAAACUCCAUCUUGAACUCGUACAUGGCCAAUUCGAUGAAGACCCCGUCCAUUAUGGACCAUUGAUUUUUCCUGGUUCUGUAUCUCCCAUCAAUGAUCUUAUCCUUUUUGGCAUGAGUUGGUCCUGGCUCUCACCCACCGUGUUUUCAUCACAUCUCGUCAACUUGCGGAUACACUACCGCAUGCCAAUGUAUGAAGAUGACAGAGAUACGAGCACUACGGCAAAGAGUUUAUCACAAUUGCUUGGUGCACUCGUCAAUCUGCAAACUCUCGCACUCGAAGUGGAUAUGGAUCCGCUUGCCACAGACAACAUGUCUCCUAUUGAGUUGCCCCAUCUGCACUGCCUGGCUAUCAAAUCGUGGACGAUGAAUUGUUGGACUGCGGAUUUUCUUCACAAUGUCCAUAUGCCUAAUCUCCGGAUAUUGACCUUGGACGGAGUUGACUACGAUUUCGAGCUGAUGGAGGUUGAUUUCGAAGACAUCCUUCAGGAGCUGAUCAGGCUUACUAAGGAAGAUCCUUCUAACUCUCCUCUGGAACUAGAUGAACUCCAUCUCGUUAAUUUCACACAUCCAACGUCGUACGCGAAUGAUGCAUGGGCAAUGGGACUGCUUCCAACGCCUCGCGGACUGGCGGAUCUCCCUCUUCCUGGACUUCGGACCCUGCUCCUUUUUGAUGUUUCAAGAGAUGUUGUGCGGCGCAUCGUACUAGAACGACUAUUGCUCACUGGUCGGUUGGAAGAGCUUUACUACCGAGAGGAGAAGGAUCAAGAGAAGCAAGAUGUGUUUAUCCCAGAUGAUUGGCAACAUCAAGUCGAGAAGUACUAUCGUGUUGGGCAUGUGGAAUCUGAACGUUAUUGCGAUGUGGUUAACAGGCGGUGGUCAUAUUUAGACUAGGGAUCUCAUUAUUCACUUAUCAUGUAAAUAUGUCACUCACAACUUGUAUCGAAACGUUGCUGUGCCCGAGUCUUGUGGUCCAGCCAAACUGACCCUACGCCAAGUUGUCAAC